AUGAUUCGUACCCUAGCAAGAAUGGCACCCAAGAACUGGACCAAGGAGCACUUCACGCUCAACACUGGCGCAAAGAUUCCCGCUGUCGGUCUCGGCACAUGGCAGUCAAAGCCUGGUGAGGUUCGCGAGGCCGUCAAGGCUGCCCUCCAGGGAGGAUACCGCCACAUUGACACCGCGCUUGCCUACGGCAACGAGAAGGAGGUCGGCGAGGGUAUCAAGGACUCUGGUGUACCCCGUGAGGAGAUCUGGGUUACCACCAAGCUUGACAACCCAUGGCACAAGCGCGUUGAAGAGGGCAUUACCAGCUCUCUGAACAGUCUUGGUCUCGACUACGUUGACCUUUACCUCAUGCACUGGCCUUCUUCCACCGACCCCGAUGAUCUUAAGAAGCACUACCCCGACUGGGACUUCAAGGACACCUGGGCGGAGAUGCAAAAGCUCCCCGAGUCUGGCCGCGUAAAGAACAUUGGUGUUUCCAACUUCGCCAUCAAGAACCUCGAGAAGCUGUUUGCCGAUUCUCGCUUCAAGACCACACCUGCCGUCAACCAGAUCGAGCUCCACCCCAACAACCCCUCCCCCAAGCUCCUCGAUUACCUCAAGGAGAAGGGCAUCCACGCCACCGCCUACUCCUGCCUCGGAUCAACCGACUCACCUCUUUACAAGAACGAGAAGCUCAAGAAGCUCGCCGACAACAAGGGCAAGUCUGUCCAGCAAGUCUUGCUCAUGUGGGGUCUGCAGCGUGGCUCCAGCGUCAUCCCCAAGUCCGUCACAGCAUCCCGCAUCCAGGGCAACUUCCAGCUUGACGGCUGGGAGCUGACUGAUGAGGAGAUGAAGGAGAUUAGCUCGCUGCCUGAGCGCUUCAAGGUUUGUGGUGACGCCUGGCUACCGGUCAAGGUCUUCUUUGGCGAUGACGAGUAG